ACCCGCGGCACUACCCGGCCCCGCAGCCGCGCUCGGCCGUGUACGACGUGGAGGUGCGCGAGGUGGACGCGGCCACGCUCAGCCAGCUCCUGGGCAACCAGGGCAACCAGGGCAACUUCCACGCGCAGCCGGGCACCUUCCCCAAUCGGGGCACGUACCCGGCCCAGAACAAUUUCCCCGGCCAGGGGAAUUUCUACAGCCAGGGACAAGGAGUCUACCCGCAGCCGGGUCACUUCAACCAACAGACUCCCAACAACCCCAACCUCUAUGCCAACGGGCAGCAGUACCGGCGGCAGGCCGCGCAGCCCGGCCAGGCCAAGGCGCACUUCGUGUCGCCCAACGGCCAGGUGUACACGCUCAAGGAGAUGAACGGCGUCAAGGUGCUCGUCGGCCCGGACGGCCGCUGGUACCCUCUCGACAGCAACGGGGGCGGCACCCCGAGCGGCCCGCACGGCCAGGCCGACCCGGAGGCGCACACAGACAUGCCGACCCGAGGGCCGACCGGGCAGACCCACCCCAACGGCCGGCACCCUCCCGGGCCGUCCGGGCCGAACUACGACGCGGACCAGGGCGGCGCCGACCAGGACUCGGCGCCGACCUACGACCGCGGUGGCGGCGGGCCCAAGGGGACGCGCGACGCCGAGGACUGCGUGGCCUCCGAGACGACGUACAACGGCGGCAAGAAGGCGUGCCGCUACCAGCUUCUGCUGGACGAGCACUUCGAGGUGCUCAACCUCACCCUCUGGAAGCACGACGUGCUCAUGCCCGACGAGCCCGACUUUGAGUUCGUCGCGUACGACAAGGACCCGGACAACAGCUGGGUCGAGAACAGCAUCCUGCACAUCAAGCCCACCAUCCUGGAGGACUCUUACGGACCGGGCUUCGUCAUGAACGGCACGCUCAGUUUGGACGGGUGCACGUCGACGACCAGGGACCAGUGCAAGCGAACGGCCUCCACGUACCGGGUGCUGCCGGCGGUGCGCUCGGCGCGCCUCACCACCCGCGACACCUUCACGUUCCGGUACGGCAUCGUGGAAGCCAGGGUGCUGGUGCCCGAGGGAGACUGGAUCUACCCAGCCAUCACCCUGGACCCGGCCUCCUCCACGUACGGCAAGUGGUACGCCGGCGGCCAGAUCCGCCUCCCCUACGCGCUGGGCAACCGCUUCAUGGCCAAGCGCCAAGGCAAGCCCAGGACCGGCCUACAGGUGCUGAGGGCUGGGGUGGCCAUCGGGAAGGCGCCGGGCCAGGACAUCAUGCCCACGCUCCUGGAGUCGGAUCAGCGGGCCGGCAACGGCACCACCUGGAGGAAGAAGCACUUCAGGGUGUACCGCGUCAAGUGGACCCCGGAGUCCAUCGAGUUCAUGAUCGACGGCAAGGUCAUGAGCACCAUCCGCCCACCCCAGGGUGGCUUCGUCAAAAUGACCGACAGCCCGUCUGACCACCCGUGGCGCGCCGGCUCCAGCAUGGCGCCCUUCGACCAAGAGUUUUUCGUAUCCCUGGGCGUCGGGGUUGGCGGAGUGAACCGCUUCGCCGACGGCAUCGUCAACGGCGAGUACAGCGAGCACCCGAAGCCUUGGAAGAACAGCAGCCCCAAGGCGCUGCUGGACUUCUACAAGGCGCGCGACCACUGGAUCCCGACGUGGACACACCCCGCCAUGGAGAUCGCCCACAUCAAGGUGAUGGCCCUCUGAGCAGCGCCGAAGCAAUCAAAAGCAAUCCUUAUCAGUAUGGUGGGGAGGGGAGGGGAGGGAACCGAUAGGCUGUGAGUCCAGACGGGAGCAGGUCUGCUGCGUCGUUAGUUUUGUACUUACUUUCAAGUGUUUAUUUUUUUAAGGAAAUACGGUAUCAUAUAAAAAUUAGAUGUAAUCAAAGUGGAGUGAGAAUGUGUAUUCUUAUAUGUGGUAUUAAUACAUAUACAUAAAUAAACUCAGUCGAAAUCUUAA